AUGGCAGCUGACGGCUUCUUCAUCCUGUCGGCUGAAGGACGCAGUGGCGAUCUGGAGGCGGACGUGGACCCCGAGGAGGCGGAGGAGCUGUCGGCCAGGUCCCGCCUGCAGCCGCAGUCCCAGCUGAGGGGCAGUCCGCCGCCCCCGGUGCCAACAGCCUCCGCCGCCUCCGCCUCCAGAGCCUCCGCACCGCCCCCGCCGCCUCCCCAACAGCAGCAGCAGCAGCAGAACAAGCAGCGCCGCAGCCGCACCAACUUCACGCUGGAGCAGCUGAACGAGCUGGAGAGGCUGUUCGACGAGACGCACUACCCGGACGCCUUCAUGCGGGAGGAGCUGAGCCAGCGGCUGGGGCUCAGCGAGGCCAGGGUGCAGGUGUGGUUCCAGAACAGACGUGCAAAGUGUCGCAAGCACGAAAGCCAAAUGCAGAAAGCGGCUGGCCUGGUGCUGGGGUCUGCGUCGCGGCGCUCUCCGCCCGUGGCCACGCCCCUGGAGCCGUGCCGCGGCGCGCCCUACCUCAGCGUGCCGGCGCUGCGGCUGCCGCUCGCCGUGCCCGCCGUCGACCCCACGCUGCUGCACCAGUACGCGGUCGCUGCGAUGUACCAGGCGGCGCCGGCCGGCCCUUACCCGCUGGGCCUGCAGGCAGCACUCGCCGCCGUGCACCGCGACCGGCUACAGCACAAGAACCACAGCAUCGCGGACCUGCGGCUCAAGGCGCGCAAGCACGCCGAGGCCCUGGGCCUGCGCCACAGCACGCUGUAG